CGAUAUGAGUAUACGCUACGCAAUCUGUCCCUUCAAAAUCAGCCUAAGAUCUUCAGCACACCAUUUGUGCUGAAUAUUUGGUAAUUAAUUUUAAUGUAUUUACUCCGCGAAUUAAUGUGCGUAACUGAGGAUCAACGUAACGAAGAUUUUUUCGCAGAACUGAGUAUAACACAGCAGUACGAGCAUAUACAAAAUUUAUCCCUACCUUGACAUCUGACCGACGAGUUAUUACGCGCUGUUCUUCUACGAGAACAACGCGCCGCUUAGUAACUAGACUUGCGUGACUGUGGCCCAUGGCUCCUGAUCCGCGAGAUCCCUCGCCGCUUAUUGCUGCGGGAUUUAUCCAGUUUGGAUGUGCUUUGUCAAUGAUGAUUCUCAGCGGACUUUCUCUCUACUGGUUCGGCUUCGACCUCGUCUUCCUCCUCGCGCUGAUCCUGGGCAUCUACACCGUGGUCACCGCCGUCUUCACCAUCGCCGCCGGCUUCUUCGUGCACCGCAACUGGAGCAAGGUCAUCUGCUGUCGCUUCGUCAAACGCUCGGUGUUCUCCACCGGCAGCUGUUCCAUCUUUGCCGGACUUCUCAGCGCCUACAUCUUCCUCAUCCUCUGCGACACCCAACCCACGGAGAUCCCGCGGACCCCCGCGGAACAGGCGAUAUAUAGCGAGAGCAUCGCACUACUCUCCACACUCGUGGUCAUCGUGCAGUUGCUGAUUGUGACGAAUAUCGCGCUGGUGAUCGCGGCGGUACGGACGUACUGGGUGUUGAGCACGGUGAUCACGCAGACGCUGGCCAGUUAUCUAGCGCGGAUGGUCCCGCCCGGGAAGGAAGGGGAAGCGUUGGGGGCGGAGGCGAAUUUCGUGGCGGAUUUCAUUUGGACCAAUGUUUGAUUCUAGUGUGCUCUGUACAGAUGGUUUCUUGCCUCGAUAAAGGGAUCGGCUUCGUGGAGAGUUUGUUUUAUUUUUUAAAGCAAAAUUAUGGAUUCGGAUGCGGAAGCGUAGUCAUGCGAUUUCUCUGCAACUUUAUUAAUGUACAACUCGUUUCAAAUUUGAAAACAUGCUAUAAUAGUGGAGCGGUGUAAAAACGUUCUUCAUGGA